AUGACCUCGUGGCUACAAGACUUUGACUGGUCGGACAUUACUCCGGUGACCCUUAGGGAAGCACCUGGAUCGCUUUCCGAAAUUAUGUAUAGUGAAGGCUACAAGACAGCAAUUGGGUAUUUACUUGCUCUUAUGGCUGAAAACGAACACUCUGCACGGGCGCUGGCGGUGGUGCAGGCGGUCAUUGAAAAAAACCCUGCGCAUUAUACUGCGUGGCACUAUCGGUUGGAGAUUUUAAAGAGCGUGGGAAAAGACAUUAUACCCAAAGCCAAAUGGAUUUUUUCAGCACCAUUGCCCAACAUGGAAGAGGAGGAAGGAGAAGGAGAAGGAGAAGGAGAAGGAGAAGGAGAAGAAGAAGCGAAUGAUAAUAGCGAGUAUAAAGAUGAAGAAGGAGAAGCAGAAGAUAACGAUGACAACAAACAAAAAGAAGAAAAAGAUAAGCAGGAAAUACCUGCUGAAUCAGCCCAGAAUGAAGGGCCUGAAAGCACAUCAAAGACAUCAUCUGGACUUCCUAAAGAAGAUUUAGACAUUCUUACUGCAGUUGAAGACUACGAAUGGUUGAAUGAAACCACUUUAGAGAAUGCGAAAAACUAUCAGGUAUGGCAUUAUCGCCAGCAGCUUGCGCCAUGUGUUACUCCCACAUCCAAAGGACCCGAAACUCUGAAACUAUAUUACGGAUUGGAACGGCUCAUGGUUGAGCUUGUUCUUGGAAUUGAUGCCAAAAAUUAUCACGCUUGGUCACACCUGGUCUGGCUUGUAUCAUGGUUUGGUGGUGCCAUAUCAGCUACAGCUGGAUCUGAUGGUAAUGGAGAUGCACUAGAAGAACUCCCCGUGGACGCAGAGCUCGCUUUUGUGGAGAACUUGUUGUACCAUGACGUGUACAAUAAUAGUGCAUGGUCGUACCGAAAUUUUACAGUGCGUCGGGAGUUACAACGGCUUGCUCAAUCAGCCACCAAGGGUAGUGCUGAUGAUGAAAUUGCUGUGAUACAGCGGGAGGUAACUUAUGUUCGGUUCUGUUUGGAUAAAGCACCACAGAAUGAGUCGCCAUGGAAUUAUGUGGUGGCAUUGUUAGACGACGCUAGUUUGACUGCUGAAACUCAUGCCAAACAACUUAAUGAGCUAGGUGGACUUGCUCUUGAAUAUGUUCCUUUACAGCUUCAGCAAGAACCUGGAGAGGAGAAAAAUGAUGAAGAUAUUGUAUUACAGUCGACUCAUGCAGUCGAGGUAUUAGUUGGAGUGUACACAAAGAAGGGUCAGACUGAAAAGGCUACGAGGGCAUUGAAGCUUCUUAAGAAAUAUAUCCCAAUGCGUCGUGGUUAUUGGACAUAUUUGGAGAGUACCAUACCUAAAGACACCAAUGUUAGUGGAGUGGUUGAUCAGGCUAGCAAGUUGACAGUAGGAGGGUCGUAA